UAAUUUAUCAUGUUUCAAAAGAUUCGUUUGGGUAUUUUGAUUCCGCUCUCAAGAAACAUGGCUGGGCAUAGUAAAUGGGCCAACAUCAAACAUGUGAAGGGUGCAAAGGAUGCUGAAAGAGCAACUUUACAUCUAAGAAUUUUUCGUCAAAUUAGGGCAGCUAUUAAAGAACAUGGCUCGGCAGAUCCAAAACAAAAUAUAAAACUUAGUCAUCUUGUAGAUCAAGCAAGGCAUCAUAAUGUGCCCUCUGAAAAGUUGAAACAUAUUCUAAAGAAUGCUGAUCAGUCUACUGAGGAUUUAAAACCUUAUGUUAUGGAAGUAAGAGGACCAGUGGGAACCUUUUUCGUGGUAGAAGUUCUCACUCCUAGUUAUUUGAAAGCAAGACAAGGCAUCAAUACAAUCAACAGGAAAUUCAAUGCAUCAUGGGCAGAAGGAGUUUCAAACAAUCUGUUUAACCAUCAAGGAUUAAUCAAGGUGUCACCAUUAUCUAUUGGCCAAACUAUUGAGCAAGUACUUGACGAUGCUAUUAACGUCGGGGCGGAAGAUGUAACAGCUGAUGAAGAUGGCAAGUUUGUCUUCACAUGCAGCCCAAGGGAUUUUUUGAAUGUCAAGAGAUCUGUUAGUCAGCUUGGCUAUUGCAUAAUAGAAUCUGACUUGCUCUAUAUCCCACGAAAUAGAGUUCAGAUUGAAUCCGAAGAAGACUUAGCAUUAGUUUCUAAGCUCUAUAGUAAGUUGGAAGAAGAGCCCGAUGUUGUUAAAAUUCAUGAUAACAUUGAAUGAGAUAUUUAAUACAUAUUGUAAAUUCUUA